UACCAGUAUAAUGUUGAUUUAAAUAAUGAAGGCAACUACACAGUAAGGAAAAUAAUGAAAUAAACUCUGCUGCAGGCACGAUGUUGCUUAAUCCGGUCCCAACGGCAGAGAGGGCAACAUGCUUCGGACUUUACUGAUGUUAGCCCUGUUCGGGCUGUGUGGAGCAGAUCCUGACAUACAAUGCGACCCGUCGCAACACUUGGUCGUCCAAUGUCGCGACCCCUGUCCCCCAGAGCGGACAUGCCAGAACAGGAACGGUCCCGAACUUCCCUGCGUGCCUCCUAUGGGACCUUGUACGGUGCAAUGCGUAUGUGAAGACGGGUACGCGAAGAAUAAGUAUGGAGGUUAUUGUGUCACUUUCGCACAGUGCGAUAAAUGUCCCAACAACCAGUACUUCACCUGCAUCGGUCCGUACAGCGCGAACUGCACGGGCAGCUGCCACUGCACAGAUGGCUACGGUCGCGACGCUAACGGCACCUGCGUAUCUACCGCCCCUCCUCCAAUCGACAACCACCCGUCACCGCCACCACCGAUAACGCCUUCGCCUGUUACAACCCCGACGGAAGCUCCACCAGGUCCUAAGCUUAAGUGCGAAAACGCUACCAGACACGAGAUCCUGGCUUGCAGAUUCGGCUGUCCUCCAGAACGGUCCUGUCAGAACCGCCACUGGCCGCCUCCGUCCUGUGCCCCGCCGGCGCCUUGGCUCAAAUGCACAAAUAAAUGCAUCUGCGAUAAUGGCUACGUAAGAAACGAGCCUAGUGGUAUUUGCGUCACGGAAGAACAGUGCGACAAAUGCCCCGGCGAAAACGAGUACUUCCAAUGUGACGGCGAAAACGAAGCAGACUGCGAAGGGCACUGCUACUGUUUAUCAAACUACGUACGGGACAUGGAUGGCAAAUGCGUUUACGUCGAUCCGGCGUCGCCUCCGAAAAUAUUGGGCCCACCGCUCGCUACUACGACAGAAAACCCACAAUGCCCCAAGCUCACGUGCGACAACGCCACCAGGCACGAGACCCUAGCUUGCGUACACGGAUGUCCUCCAGAGAGAUCCUGUCAGAACCGCUUUUGGCCUCCCCUACCCUGUGCUCCACCUGGCCCUGAGAUAAUAUGCACGGACAAAUGCAUUUGCGACGAGGGCUACGUGAGAAACGAGCCUAGCGGCGUUUGUGUCACGGAAGAACAAUGUGACAAAUGCCCCGGCGAAAACGAGUACUUCCAAUGCGACGGCGAAAACGAAGCAAACUGCGAAGGGCACUGCUACUGUUUAUCAAACCGCGUACGGGACAUAGAUGGCAAAUGCGUUUACGUCGAUCCGGCGUCGCCUCCGAAAAUAUUGGACCCGCCAUCCGUUACUACGACAGAAACGCCACAAAGCCCAGAGCCGGUGUCUUGCGACAACGCCACCCGCCACGAAGUCCCUUCCUGCGUCUACAUCUGUCCCCGCGAACGAACAUGCCAGAGCCGACACUGGCCUCAUACCACCUGUCCACCACCAAGCUUGAUCGAGUGCAAGAAUAAGUGCGUGUGUGAUGCUGGAUACAUUAGAAACAAGCCUAAUGGUCAAUGCAUCACUGCAGAACAGUGUGAUAAAUGCCCAGGCAUCAGCCAAUAUUUCGCUUGCGACGGUCCUUAUAGCGAGAACUGCAAGGGCAGCUGUCACUCCGCAGUGGGCUACGAGUGAGAUGGCAAUAUCUGCGUCUCAACCACACCCACACCAGCCCCUCAUAUUUACUACCCUCAUCCAAGAAAACGUGGCUCGAUUCCACCAGUCCAACAUUUACAGCGGGUAAAACGGGUUCAACACAUUUAACCCGUGGAACAUUGUUGACAGGAAUAAACUGAACCGUUUGUA